AUGGAGAUUUUGACGAUAUUCAUGGUCGCUGUUGUGUCCCUUUUCUUCCUGUUCAAAUAUCGCAAGCACAGGCCUAUACAACAACUUCAAGGCCCUCCUCGCCCGUCUCUUUUACUAGGACAUGAACUGGACUUACGAGCCCAGCCUACUGUCGGCGGGCUAGAGACGGCCUGGCAGAAAGCUUAUGGGAAUACGUUUCGUAUCGGGGGAUGUUUCGCCCAAGAUAUUCUGAUGACCUCCGACCCUAAAGCAAUACAGCAUAUUCUUCGUAAUUCUGGAUACCAAUAUCCAAAAACAAAGGAUGUUGCACACCUAUGGGACAUGGUGGUGGGAAAAGGCCUUGUCGCCGUCACAGGUCCAGUUCAUCAACGUCAACGGAGGAUACUCAGUCCAGCAUUUUCGGCCAGUCAGCUGAAGGAGUAUAUGGCCAACGCUUCUGACAACAAGCUGUUAGACGAGGAUGAAGUGCUAUCGCAACUUGCGACGUUUACCCUUGGCGGAGAAGACACCACAGCAGCUACAGUGGCCUGGACGCUCUACGAGCUCAGUCGACAACCUGAUUAUCAAGCUCGCGUAAGAGAAGAACUUCGGAAAGGGCCCGGCGACUACGAUUCCACGCCGUUACUCAAUGCCGCCAUCAAUGAGUCGCUCCGUCUACAUCCCAUCGUCUACACAUUCUCGCGGUACGCAGCACAGGACGACGCUAUACCGUUGAGCAAUCCGAUCCAUACUCGAACCGGAGAAACGUGGAACGAAAUUCCUGUGAAAAAGGGACAGAUGGUUAUGAUUUCUGCUUACACUUAUAAUCGGCUUUCGAGUGUAUGGGGAGAUAGCCCGGAUGACUGGAUACCAGAACGGUUCUUUGCUCCGGAGGCGAAAGACAGAAUUUCGGUUGGGCUUCAUGCAAAUUUGCUAAAAUUCAGCGAUGGUGUCCACGGCUGCAUCGGCUGGAAAUAG